UCUGUGCCCCGCCCCGCGUUUAGGUUUAAAUGCUUAGAGUUAGCCAAUCCGCUGAAGCGGGGGGAUGAGCCACCAAACCAGUUUUAGGUAGUGACAAACAGUUCUUCUUUCUUCCUCAUUCAGUCGUUUACAGCUAGUGUUGGAGAGAGCAGAGUAAGCGCAGCCAUGACGAAAGACCCCAAUAAGCCCAGAGGGAAAACCUCAGCAUAUGCCUACUUUGUUGCAACCUGCCGUGAGGAGCACAAAAAGAAGCACCCAGGAACCAGCGUCAACUUUGCAGAGUUCUCCAAGAAGUGCUCAGAGAGAUGGAAGACCAUGUCAGCCAAGGAGAAGGUGAAGUUUGACGAGAUGGCCAAAACUGACAAGGUCCGUUAUGACAGGGAGAUGAAGUCGUACGUCCCUCCCAAGGGCAUGAAGAAGGGCAAGAAGAAGAAGGACCCCAAUGCACCCAAAAGACCACCCUCUGCUUUCUUCGUCUUCUGCUCUGACCACCGUCCCCGGAUCAAGGAGGAGAACCCCGGCAUCUCCAUAGGAGACAUCGCCAAGAAGCUUGGAGAGCUGUGGGCUACCCAGGGCCCCAAAGAUAAGGCUCCAUAUGAGGCCAAGGCAGCCAAGUUGAAGGAGAAAUACGAGAAGGAUGUUGCUGCCUAUAGAGCCAAGGGAGGCUCUGGGAAGAGCGACGCCGGGAAGAAGAGCGGCCCUGGCCGGCCCCCAGCCAAGAAGGCCCAGCCUGCUGACGAUGACGACGAUGAUGAGGAUGAAGAUGACGAGGAGGAUGAUGAAGACGACGAUGAAGAUGAUGAUUAAGUGGCUUUUUUUGUGUGGGUGUGAUUGCAACAUUUAGCCUGCUGUCCCUGUGGGUCUGAAUGCCUCCUUCUGAUUCAGGGAUUUAGUUUCAUUUCCUCACCUGGUCCACUUAUGUGUUAUUUCUACUGAACUCGGGUUUGUUACACCUUAGAUCCUUGUUGCUAUUUAAGCAGCGAUUCAUUGGACUGAGCUCCACUAGCGGACAGCAGGACAUUUUCUAUUUUUUUUUUCUUUUGAAAUUUGUUUCUGGGGGCACUGCUUAUGUUUUCUGUUCUAGUGGUGCAGUUUUGUUUUGUUUUUUCUCCACUGUUUUAUUACCAGGAUGUUUCUGUAGCUUGAUUAAAGAUGGCAGCCAUUUUUAAAGUGGAACUUUAAAACA